UCGGAGCCGAGGGAGAGCCGAGUGCGGGGACGCGGCGGAGCCCGCGACGGUGCAGGGCUGCGGGGGCAGGGUGGUGCGGGGGCGGGCCCUUCCGCGCGUUUCAGAGCGUCUGGCUGGAGCUCCUGCGGACUGUCGGGCCAGCUCGAGUUAGGAGAGCGCGGAACCGGAGGUCCGUCUCCUGGGCGUGGAGCCCGCGUUUGCCGCUGGAUCAGGCGUUGGCUGCAGAAGGAAUUAGGCCAAAAUACAGCCCAGAUGUGCGGCCUGUGGGGCCGAGAGACUGCAGCAAAGAGCUGAGGGUCGGCUUUGGCAACUUGUGACUCUUCCACCGCCGCCUCUGCGCGUGCAGCUGCUGGCACUCUCCUGCCUAACCCACGCGAGCUCGUGGGACACUGUGCAGGCCUCUGGAAGACACCGGAGGCCGGGCGUGCCAGGAGGAAGGGUUCACAUCAGCCUGCCCGGGGCCCUGAGAUCGGCCACGCCCUGUGUCCCCAGCUGUUUCACCCAGUGCCCUGAGCUGCCAGGUACAGCCUUGACUGAGCCGGUUACCCUGGGGUGCAGAUCCCCCAACACCCAUCACUCCGACUGCGACUGGGGCUCUUCUGUCUUGAACACGCCAAGGUUCCGUCAAAAGGAAGCUCUCACAAACAGCCAGGCCGAGCGGCCAUGGCCACAGCACUGCCGGCUGCUCCCUCCCUGGUGCCCCUGAAUCUGUGGAAGGAGGCCCCCCGCCCCAUCUGGGAGCUGGAGCGCCCACUGCCUGGAGGUGGCGGGGGCCUCGGGCUUGAGCCGCUGCGCAAACAGUUCCGGCAGCUGCGGUACGAGGAGACCCCGGGGCCCCGCGAGGCGCUGGCCCCGCCCCGCCCGCUCUGCACACGGGGGCGGGGGGAGCUCUGCAGACGAUGGCUGCGGCCCGAGGCCCACAGCAAGGAGCAGAUCCUGGAGCUGCUGGUGCUGGAGCAGUUCCUGAGCAUCCUGCCCGGGGAGCUACGCGCCUGGGUGCGCGAGCGGCGCCCCGAGAGCGGGGAGGACCUGGUCCUGGCCCUGGAGGGUCUGCAGCGGGCAUCUGCAGAGAUGCACCUGCGAGUGGGAAAGGGCCCAGGCCUAGCUGUGGAACAGACAUCGUGCGUGGAGGCCACUGCCAGGCCCGGAGCAGUGUGGGAGCCGCCGGUGCAGCCUGAGUGCAGAGGGCCCAGGCCUGGGGAAGAGAAGGGCGAGUCAAGGACCGAGAAUGGGACGCUCCUAGUGACCGACCUGUGUGGGCGAGGAGGACGCCCUGGGAGAGGAUCCAGCCCCGGGGAAGGUCUGCAGGACGACCCGCACCUGGAGAGGCAGCAGGCCCGGCCCGCAGAGGCACAGGCACAGGCCGAACGCGCGUCCUCCGGGUGCGGGGAGGGCUCCGUCCCGAGUGGACAGGAGCGCGCUCGGCCGUAUAAAGCGCUCCGUGGACCUGAAGCGCCCCAAAGCCCCGGCGCUCCGGGGCGUCCCCCCAGGGGCAGGCCGCACCCGUGCCAGAAGUGUGGGAAAGCCUUCCAGAGGAGCUCCCACCUCGUCAGACAUCAGAAGACCCACCUUGGCGAGAAGCCACAUCGGUGCCAGGAGUGCGGCAAGGUGUUCAGCCAGAACGCGGGGCUGCUGGAGCACCUGCGCGUCCACACCGGGGAGAGGCCCUACCUGUGCGUCCUCUGCGGAAAGAGCUUCCGGCGCAGCUCCCACCUGAACCGACACCAGAGGACACACAGCCAGGAGGAGCCCUGCACCUGCCAGGACUGCGGGCAGACCUUCAGCCGGGCCCUGCUGCUCACCCACCGCCAGAGGGCCCACCCGCCCUCCCGGAGCCACCGGUGCAGCGAGUGCGGGAAAACCUUCGCCCUGACCUCGGACCUUGUCCGGCACCACAGGGUCCACACCGGGGAGAAGCCCUUCAGGUGCGACCUGUGCCAGAAAGCCUUCCGCCUGAACUCGCACCUCGCGCAGCACGUGCGCAUUCACAAGGAAGAGAAGCCCUACGCAUGCCCCCACUGCGGAGAGGCCUUCCGGCAGCGCUCGGGGCUCUUCCAGCAUCAGAGGUACCACCACAACGACAAGGCGGCCUGACGGGCCCCUCCUUCAGACCCUCGGAGAGGGGACGUUCACUGAGAAGCAAACGCACUUUAGGAAAGCCACUCAGACCAGGGAGUGUGGGGGGUCACGUUGCGGACGGACUGCUCCAUCUCUCCUUCAUUACUCUCAAAGUCAGCUCGGGGCUACAGGAAUUUCCCGAGAUGGUCCUGUGGGAUCGCUGUUUUCCAUGACAGGACUUCUCGAGCCUUUCACAUGAGAAGUGCAUGAUUAAGUGUCCUCCAUGGAGGAAGCCUCACGACUGAGCGAGCUUUGAGGUCGCAGGGAGUCCAAUGUCCACAGAUUUUCAGGUUAAGCAGAACAAGAAUAGGUUGGUAUGGAGACUUGGUAAAAAUCUGGAAACGUGGAAUUAAAGUGUGAUUUAUUCUGGU